CCUUAUUUCUCUAUCUGUUUCACCGAUAUCUCUACUCCCCUUCUCUUCCACCGUGGCCCAGUUCCAACACCGGCGGGCUCCGGCAACUUACUCUAAGGUUGAUCUCUCUCACCCAUCCACUUCGGCAUAAACAAAAUUCAUUCUCUGCACACAAACAUACACAUCACACACCCCCCACCCUUCCUCCCCGUUCUUUCUUUCCCCCUUCCUGCACGCUCACACACCGACUGCACGACCAUUUGGUAUCACACCAAAAUUUCAGAAGCAUGGGAUGACUUCAGAUGUUUGACUGAAAUUUGGUCAUUACUCAGGCCAUCUCUGUCCCCCGUAAACUCUCACUUCUCUUUCGUCGUCAACAAGUGAAACUCUCACUAAGAUCGCCUUUAAUCAGAAAUUAGAGCCUCACUCUCAGUAACAAUUCACCUCUCUUCAAGAAAAGGUGAGUUUUCAUCAUUACUUCAAAUAAUUUGGAUUUCUCGGAACAUCAGUCGCCGCCGCUGAGUAGAAAUUGCUGUUUCAAAUUUUAUAAAUUUCCAUGUACUUCUAGUGGAAAGUAUUGUUUGGGCUUCUGGAAUUGGGGAUGGAAAUGAAGCAUAAUUCUGUGUGUAUGUGAUUGUUGGAUCCCUUAUUAUGAGGAAAUAUGAUCAUUCAGUACUAUGUAGCCAGAAUUUAAACCCGAGAUUUAUGCAUUUUGUAACCUUUCUUCUACCCCAUUUUGGGAAUUUAAGAAGGGCAGUAAAUGGGUUAGAGUAGUUCGGGUUCUGAUUAAUAUGGAAUUAGCUCGUAGAGAUUGUUUCCGAUGUUUUUGCUCCAAUACAAGCUCUGUAAGGCAAUUGGUUUCUGUGCGACCACCCCAUAUCUAUCUUCCUCACUCGAAAAUAGUCUAUGAUCAUUCACGUUUGCCCUCUGGAUCCAAUUACUCUAUUGUUUCUUGUUGUUUGCACCUUAUAAACAAUACAUUGAACUCUAUACACCUGUCAACUCGGACCCAUUUCACUACUCCUGCCAAGAACCUUUCAAAUGCAUUUUGUACUAGAUACAUGCUUGUUUUGCAUUAUUCUUCGUGCCCAAGAGGACCCCCAACAAGGUCCUUGAGAAGAAGAAUUAGUAAACGACGAAAAGCUGCCAGCAAACCUGUUCUCAAUGAAGCCCAAUUUCAGCUGGCCAUGUCCCAACUCCCACCAAGAUUCACUGCAGAAGAACUCUGCAAUGUCCUAACUAUGCAGGAAGACCCUCUGGUGUGUUUAGAGCUAUUCAACUGGGCAUCACAACACCCCCGGUUUAGGCAUGAUGUCUCCACUUAUCACAUUACAAUAAAGAAGCUUGGUGCAGCAAAAAUGUACCAAGAGAUGGAUGAUGUUGUUAACCUAGUGCUGGCUGUUCCUUCUCUUGGAUCUGAAGCUCUUUACAACACGAUGAUAUACUACUUCACGGAAGCUCGGAAAUUGACUAGAGCUGUUAACAUAUAUAACCACAUGAGAAAUAGCAAGAAUAUAGAUUGUAGGCCUUCGGUUAGAACAUGUAAUCUUCUCUUUGCUGCACUUCUGAGUAGGGGGACCAAUUCCUACAUAAACUACAUGUAUAUGGAAACUAUUAGAAGCCUAUUCAAGCAAAUGGUCAGCGAUGGGGUUGAACCUGAUGUUUUCGCCUUGAAUUCUAUGAUAAAAGGGUAUGUGCUCUCCCUUCAUGUUAAUGAUGCCCUCAGAAUAUUUCAUCAGAUGGGUGUGGUCUAUAACUGCCAGCCCAAUUCAUUCUCAUAUGACUAUCUGAUCCAUGGGUUGUGUGCCCAAGGCCGAACAAACAAUGCAAGGGAGCUGUGCACUGAAAUGAAGAAGAAAGGAUUUGUCCCUAGCAGUAAAUCAUACAACUCCAUUGUGAAUGCUUUGGCUCUUGGUGCAGAGGUUGAGGAGGCAGUGAAUUUUUUAUGGGAGAUGGAUGAAAACCAAAGGUCAGUUGAUUUCAUCACCUAUCGGACAGUCCUUGAUGAGGUCUGCCGGCAACAAAGGUUUGGAGAUGCCAUGAGUUUGCUGAACAAGCUGCAAGAGAAGGACCUUAUGGAUGGGCAUACUUAUCGGAAGCUUCUAUAUGAGCUUGAAGAUAACUUUGGAAAUUCAAAUGAGAGAAGUUGAUUCAGGAUAACAGAUCCAUUUAAUGGAGUAUAUCCUGUUGGAAUUUGGGGCAAAGAAUAAUUGUCAAAUGCCUAGUUUUUGGCACAAUUAGAACCUUUUUUUUAAAUGGUAGACUGUAUUUCUAUUUUAGCAAAGAAUAUACUGUGAGUUUCUUAUGAAAUUUGUAAUGCCAUAGUUGGAUGUGUUUAUGAGCCAGUUGAAUAUUGAUUCCUGCUGCUGCUUAUUUAUUGGUUGCUACUUUUGAGCUUGUCACUCUGGGCAU